CCGCGUGUGCGCGAGGCGAACACGGGCGACCAGCAGAGCCACUUCCGCACGGGGCUGCUCAAGCUCGCGUUCAGCUAUGCGCGUCUGUCGGUUCUGUCGGUGGGCUUCCAAUAUUCCUUCGGAAAGGCGGCUGCGACGGACGAGGAGCCGUUCCUCUGGCGGUGCCUUCGGGCCGCGACAGAUACUGUCAAAGCUGUCGUCGAGGAUAUCGCGAUCCCUAGCCAAAAGAUUUACCUCCGGCACGGCCCAGAAGCUCAAUGUGUCUUUGUCACGUUUGCCUCAGCCUUCUUGGUCAAGCUCCUGCAACCCAAGUACGCGCAGCACCUUUCUCGCGAACGGCGCGUCGAGAUCAGAGAUCUCGUCCAACGGGUGAUCGACCUCUUGAGCUCGCCAGAAGUGGCCAUCGAUGACCGCCACGGCCCCAAGCUUUACGCCCGCUUUCUGCAAGGACUGCUGGCCACUCCCAUGGCAAGGGUAGACCAGUCACCAGCAUCCGUCAGGUCGCCUCGGCGCGUGCCCUCAAAACAGUCAUCGGCACGGUCCUCGCCAUCGCAGGCGCCUGGCACGCUCUCUGCGCGCCAAUCGCUGUCUCCUCCGCCGGCGUCGUCGAGCGCCGCCUCCAGUCCGAAACCGGACACGCCUCCGCCACCAUCUGCAUUACUUCAGCUCCAGCAAGCUCAGAUCGCUGCUGGGGCGCCACAGUCCGCAGCGCAGCCGACAGCCACGUCUGACCUGGACAUACCAGGCUUCUUCUCUCCGCCUCUCUUCUACGACUCGGAGCUUCUGCAGUCGAUGCAGUCGAUCACGGACUGGCCAGAUAUGGUGUUGCCCGGCUUCAACUGGAUGGGGUCUAUGCAGCAAACCGACUUCAACACGAACAUUAGAUACGACCAGCCCAUGGUCGGUUUCACCCAUUCGGGUUAG